GUCGCAUCCACUAAGAGGGCAAGUCUCGACUAUGAUAAGACUCAAUCAAAAGAGCCAGAAACGCGAUCCUGAGGACCUAGAAAGAAAAAGAACUCGCAAUCGUUUGUCACAACGUGCUUACCGUCGCAGACAUGCCGAGUAUGUGAGAGGACUCCAGAAAUGUGUCGAGGGGGCCGACACUACCGAAAGUGAAGGGUUAAAGCAGAUGCGGAGCGAAAAUCAGUAUCUACGAAAGGAACUAGUUGAGCUUCAGUCAAAGUUGACUAGGCUCACUGAGACAUUAAAAGCAUUGGCUGGCUCAGUAUCAAACGCAUUGGACAAAUGUUCCGUUGAGGGGUCAAGUAAUGAGGCUGCUGAGGUUGUGCCACCUAGUGAGCCAGGUGGAAGUGAACCACAAGAUCGGAUUUUCAAUCCUGAACUCGGCGGCUCAGCUGUAUACUCCGUUACUGCGGAUGAUCCUUUGAUGCCAGUAAUCGAGUCUUCUACGACCAUCAGUCAUCCCUCCUUGUCUUCUCAGGUAGCUGGCUGUCUUGAAGUAUCCUGUGACACUUUUGGCUGGGAUGCAACUUCAGACGUUUCGAGUUGUCUGCUACUACCUCAGAUCCCGAAUAUCUGGAACCAUGAGUACCAGAUGGGCUUGCAGCCAUACAUGAGGGCGUUAUCUGAAUGUGAACGUUCAAGUCUUAAACUUGGCAAAGCUUGGGUUGAGACAAACUCUCCAUUUUCGGAUCAUAUAUCUACUCUCAGCCACCUGUUAAGGGCAAAGCUAGGGAGGAUCGGGCCGCAAUUGGAACAUUAUGAAAUGCUUUAUCGACAAGUGCUGGCAGUACUAGGGCUUUUUAACAGUCUCACACGACCAGCAGCCAUGGCAUGGUAUGCGAAAACACGAUUUUACCAUAUCGUCGACUUGACUACUUGGCAAUUGCACCCUUGUCCCGAGUUAUUAAAUAGAGUUGAAAAGCAAUAUCGACCAACAGUGUUGCAGCUGCAGCACCAGCAUCCUGGGAUCAUUGACUGGAUACCCUUUCCAGCUCUGAGGGAUCGGUUGAUUUGCCUGCACUCUGCAAACCCUCAGAUAGAUCAAAUUUUCUGUGACGUAGUCAGCAGUUAUGUCGUUGAAGCCUGCAUGGCAGAUUUGGUCUUAGGCGCCCCCGCAACAAGAGUCUACCUACGCGUUACUGAUGUUGCUAUGGGCGCCGCUGACGCGGAAAAUAAAGACAUCGACCCGGCUGCUGUACUUCCGGCUCCAGAUGUUUCAAGCUUAUUCUCACUUGGUGAAUGUGCCCAAGCAGUUUUCAAGCUGCUCAAAAUGAACCAUGGAGUUUCGCACUACAAACUCGACCCUUCAUUUUUCGGCACCUAUCCAGAGCUCUUCGACCCGGAAAAUGAUAUUGUGGCACAGGGGUUUCCUCUAAAACCAAAUAGCCAGAUUAUUUUGCCCUCACCGAGCCGUCUAAAUGAUUUGACAUUUCAGAUAUAUCGAAGCUUUCUAGAAUUCCACGCCCUUGCACCUCUUUAACUAUUACCUGGAUCAAUAUGCCUAAUAUGGUUUAUUAUGCAAAGACCCUAAUAUUAUACAAUUAAAAAGAAAGAAAAAACAAGUCUCUAAAAGUGUA